GUUAGGGCGGGCGAGAUCAGAACAAUCGAGGAAGUGUGUCGGGACCAUUGUCAAACCGAAAGUUGAUUUUGUUUGCGUCCAUAUUUCCUUCGAGAGGAAUUUUCUUUCCUAAUGGGACUGAUCUGCAUUAUAUGAGGGUUGGAGAUGAUGGAACCUAGAAAUGAAGCCCAGCAUUUCGUGGGAUGUGAUCUGUGUCAGCAACCAGUCUCGUUUUUCUGCAGACGAUGCGGGGUCAAUCUCUGUGACCCCUGUGUCACCAUACAUCUACGCGUGAAAUCUACAAAAGUUCAUGAAAUUGUAGAUUUCGCCAGCAAGGAUGACGACGACACAUGCCAUUGUGAUUCCCAUCCCAAAAACGAUUGUUCCGCAUACUGCAAAACCUGUGAUGCUCCGAUAUGCAUCCUUUGUGUAUCUAUCAAACACAAAUCGCACGAAAUGUCUGAGCUGUCCGAUAAAAUUGAAGAACUUUUAAAGGUUAUCGCGAAAGAAAAUGAUCGACUUCAGUCAUCCAAACAUGAAUUAGAAAAAAUUCUUGAUCACACGACGAAGAUGUUGUCCUCAAUAUCCUUAUAUUACAAACAGAGGAAAGAUGAAGUUAUGGUGCGAGGAGAAGAGUGGCACAAACAGAUUGAGAAGACCGUGAAUAAACUUAACCAGGAACUGGAUGACAUGCAAAAGGAACACGAGGCUGUACUACAGAAACAAAAGAAAGAAUUUGAAGAAUUGAUUGGAAAACUGGAUGAAAUGAACGGGAAAACAGUAAAAUUAAAGAAAUCAAAAAAUAUUAAAGAAAUGCAGACUUUUGUGCCAGUGAUUCAGAAUCAGAAGAAUUUAAAUGAGUUCUCACAGUAUUCGUUACCGACAUUUUAUGAAGGCAAAAUAGAUUCAAAUAAUUUGCAUACUUAUUUUGGAUACGUUGAAAAAAUGCAAGAGAAAAAAACUAUAAUCUUGGAAGAUGAAUUCAAACAAAGGGAGUUACCGGGUAGAAGAAUAUUAGAGGUACCAACAGUUACUUCUGUUAUAGACUCUGGGUUCCCUGCUAAUGAAGAGAAUAAAAAUCGUCUGUAUGACAUGGCCGUUACCGACGAUAACAAAGUGUGGAUGGGAGGAGCAAGUUAUGAACUGAAGUUGUUUGAUCUACAGGGACACCUCCACCACACCGUCAGCAUUACUAACAAAGGCAUGUACAUAUGUAUGUACAACAAACAAGUAGUGUACACAAUAAAUGAUGGCGUGAGAAUGAUAUCCGACACUGACACGGUGGUGACGAUGUUCACUACCGGGGACUGGAAGCCAUUCGGCGUCACAAGCUCCGCGUCCGGUGAUCUACUGGUCUGUCUCCGUAAAGACGAUCAGUCCAAAGUCGUCCGAUACAGCAGUACCGGUACCGUGCUCCAGGAAAUCCAGUACGACUCGCAGUGUCAACCUUUGUACAAAAACGCGACUUACAUCACUGAGAAUGUCAACGGGGACAUCAUUGUAACUGACUGGGAGAAAAAAGCAGUCAUUGCUGUCGAUAAAUUUGGCAUAUUCCGGUACUCGUACUCGGGGAAGGACAGUAAAUUUAAAGCUUCCUCAGUUGCCACUGAUUUUUUCGGUCACGUCAUCGUUACAGAAAAUCCACGAAAAAAGAUUCACAUGCUGGACAGAGACGGACGAUUCCUGAGGUACAUCAUUCCUGAAGGAGGAAUAAAGAAUCCACGCGGCGUGUGUAUCCUUGGUGACGGUGAGAUGAUGGUGGGAGAGUGUAACACCGGAAUAGCCAAAAGAAUCAAAUACAUAGAAGAAUGAAGGCACGUCUGUGUUAUUUCUCAUUGUUACAAUAACAGUAAUUAGUAUUUGACAUUUAUGACUUUGACUUUUACUAUUUCUACAACUAUACUGCAUAGGUCUUGUAUCCACUCAUAUACAAUAGAGUAUAAAACUCGACUCAUACAAUAUAUAGACUGUAUAGCUAAAAGUAAAAAAAUAAAAGAAGAAGAAAGAAAAAAGCUUAUUCCACAACACCUCUUAAUUAAUGAUAGAAUUUAUAUAUCAUUAGAUGUUGCGAUAUAUAGGAUUGCACAAUGCGAAACAAUUCAAUAACAUUACUUGAUUUCGAAUUUUUACAGUACGUUCAUUAAUCUCAAUGUGUUAAUCAAAUAUUUGUUUUAAUUAAUUUUAUCAAAAUUUUUGUAACGGCAGAAAUUAGUACAGCACAAGGCACUCUGUCUGGAGCUGCAUUCGUUGUGUGAUAAUGGAGGAGGUAAAGAAAUAUUAGUAUACCGACAUUUUAAUGAUGAUAAUGUAUAUAGACAUUUUAUUCGUUCCAGUCAAUAAAGUGUAUACAGUCAAAACUGCCGAAGCGGCCACCCCUAUUAAGCAGUCAUCUGUCGUAUGCGGUCAUUUUAUUUCUUCCCGAUGAUAUAUCCUAUAUAAUUGCCCUCUAAAGAGCGGUCACCUGUCUAACGCGGUCAGCGGUCAUCGUAUUUUGAUCCGAAACUGCACAGUCGACAUGCAUUAGGCGGCCAUUUUGGCCGGUCACAUGAUUUACACCCGGGGAUUUUAAACAUGGCUUCCGAAUGUCGGGUAGUAAAUGUAAACAAUAAUUAUACGCUCGAGGCGAGAGAAACAAAAUUAAUCGAUGUUUUUAUAAUACAUAAUUGGCAGAUCAGAUACGAAUGGGAAUCAAGUGAAUUGUUUAAACAUGUAUUAACAAUGUUUGUUUUAUAAACAUGAAUAAAAUAGGUAUCAAAAAUGUCCGCGGCGAGGCAAGAGAAAAUUGCUUGAUUUAAUAAUAUAAUUUUGAGUUCAGAUACGGUGGGUUAAAAACUUGAAAAUUGUUGAUUUGUAUUAUAAGUGAUUGUUUUGUAUAUAUACGGUACUCAUGAAAAUAGUUAGUGUUAUAAUUGUGAAAAUGUCAGCGAAAAGGUUUUACCACGUAAUGACUUUUAAAUAAUUUUAAAAGACAUAAAAAUUGCAUGCACAAUGCACUGUUAUGUAUCUGUACUUAUUUGUAAACAUAAAAGAUACUAUAAAACAUUUAAUCAAUUAUUUUAUCUAUCAUUUUAUGCAUUAUUGUUUAAUUGUGAUCAGGGACGUAUAUACUAACAUAAUUAUAAAUAUAUAGCAUAUACAUGUACGUCCCUGUUGUGAUAAUUGUUUUGAUAAGGUACUUGAUGCUGGCAAACUCAUAAGUCUCUAUUCAAAGUUCACCUCCGUUAAGAGGUAACUUUGGGUGCCUCCCGCAGGUGACUGCUUAAUACAAGUUUGACUGUAAUAUUAUAUGGUUUGCUAUUGAUUACGUCACUUGCUUUUAUGAUAAUAAAUG